CACACACCAGCCCACCCCAUCCUCACGGCCCCCACCUUCCUACAUAAUGCCUCCGUCCAUCCCUUCCGACGUUUCUCAUGCGUUUGUCCCAGCCGAGGAAAGCGAUAGCCGCUCCCCUUGCCCCGCGCUGAAUGCCCUCGCGAAUCAUUCGUACCUCUCCCACGAUGGCCGCAAGCUCUCGGUCGUCGAGCUCGUUAGCGCCCUGCGCGAGGUGUACAACAUAUCGCUACCCCUCGCGUCUAUCCUCAGCCUUGUAGGCGUGGUCGUGUGCGGCGACGGCUGGAAGCUCGAUCUCGAGGACCUUGCAAAGCACAACAAAAUCGAGCACAACGGUUCCCUCGCGCAUGCCGACGCCGCUCCGGGCUAUCUCUACGCACCCUCCACCCCCGACAAGCAGCUCCUCGAUCACCUCCUCGGUCUCUCGACCGACGGCCGUCAUGUCACGUUCGAGGAAUUUGUCCGUGAACGAGCCGCCCGCGACGCUGCCCUUUCCCAGCCCCUCAGCAAUGUCCACAAUGUCAUUGCCCGGGGCGAGAUUGCGCUGACAUGUCAGGUCCUCGGCGAUGAGGAGGGUCGAGUCCCGACGGAGUAUGUCAGUGAAUGGUAUGGACAGGAGAAACUACCCGACGGCUGGGUGAAGCCGGCGCGGCCUGUCGGAGUGAUAUCGACCACAAAGUUGAAUCAGCAGGUCGCUACCUUGUCCGCCCAAUUCGAGUCAAAGAGGAAUCUUUGAUUAGAGCUAAGAGGCCAAGAGUAGCCCCACUCCCCUGUGGCUUGAUUUCUCUUGAUUGGCUUGUAUUCCUCGUUGCUACUUUACUUUGAUUGUGGGACUCGUAGUCAGGAUAUUUUUCUUUCACUCUAUAAUUUCUACUCGGUCUGUAGCUUAUCUUUCUGUCGGUUGCAUAGUCUCCUGAAUCUGUACUUUAUUGUGUUACUAGCAGGGCCUAGAGUUUUCUGUAAAAUCUUGUGGAAUGGCCUAAUAGAGAAGGACCUUUACAGAAAAA